GACCUGCUCUCCUGGAGUGCCGACGGAAAGCCAAGAGAAACAACUGUGACCUUGUAUCAGAAAUAUCCCCGAUGUGGAGCCGUGGAACUGAGCAGCUUUGAAUCAGCCAACGCUAACAGAAGCAUGCUUCACCUAUUCAGCCGACAGCUGGAUGAAAAGAGAUUUUGGGGGAGUAUUUACUCUGAAAACAACAAGAAACCCAGAGGACAGAAUCCUGGACAGCAGGUAACAACGCAAGGAGGAGGCGAUGAAGGGGACGAGGAAGUGUGCACACUGACUGUGGGCUUGCCGGUCGACGGUUGUAAUUCUUUGUGUACUGUGGCGAACCAGGCGUGAAUGUUGACAGAGCCAGCGCACGGGAGAGCCGCUGAAGUCAGAACUUCAGGAAGAACCGCCACGCCGGCUUCACUCCAGCCAUUUCACAGCUGAACUUUUCCCCCUCUGGAUUUGGAUUUUCUUUUUUUUGUCGGUCAUGGCAGAGGAGAAGCAGCUAUCCUACAAGGAGGCCAUAGAGAAGGCCAGCUCCUCCAUCACUCGCUUCCCUCUCAUCCACAUCCGAGGAAUCCCUCUCAUGAACCACAUCGCCAACAACUGGGACUCCAUCUGGGCUUUCCGUCCUGACCCGUCAGACCUCCUCAUCGCAACCUAUCCCAAAGCAGGAACCACAUGGACCCAGGAGAUAAUCGACCUGCUUCUUCACAACGGCGACGCUGAGGCUUGCAAACGAGCUCCCACCCCGGUCCGGAGCCCUUUCCUAGAGAUCUGCUCCCCUCCCCCGAUCCCCUCAGGUCUUGAUCUGCUGAGCAAAAUGGACCCCCCGAGACUCAUCAAGACGCAUCUUCCUUUUCAGUUGGUGCCUCCAGGAUUUUGGGAAAACAAAUGCAAGGCUAUCUACGUUGCACGCAAUGCCAAAGACAACCUCGUGAGCUACUACUACUUCGAUCUAAUGAAUAAGACCCAACCAGAACCGGGACCCUUCGACGGCUACAUCCACAAGUUCAUGCGAGGAGAGCUGUCCUGGGGCUCCUGGUAUGAUCAUGUGAAAGGUUACUGGGUGGAGCGGGAAAAGAAGAAUAUCCUUUAUCUCUUCUACGAGGACCUGAAGGAGAAUCCCCGCCGUGAAGUGGAGCGCAUCAUGAGGUAUCUGGACCUGUCGGUCUCUGACGAGGUCAUCAGCCGAAUCGUGGAGCUCACGUCCUUCAAGAGCAUGAAGGAGAACCCGAUGGCCAACUACUCCUGCGUCCCGUCCCCCGUGUUUGAUCAUUCCAUCUCUCCAUUCAUGAGGAAAGGUGAAGUUGGGGAUUGGAGAAACCAUUUUACACCCGAGCAGUCAAAGGUGUUUGAUGAAGAUUACGAGAGGCAAAUGAAAGACGUCAACAUCCCAUUCAGGAGCCUCAUCUAGAGGAUCUGGAGGUGGUUCUGAAACUGUUCAGCACUUAAACAGCAGCGGCACCGUCAGCGUAUCUGGCACAAGCUUAAAACCAAAACAAACGAUCCAAAAAAAAAAAUGUAAUUAAAGAACACUUUACACUUUGUAUGUUUUGAAGCUGUACACUGUAAUCAACUAAUCACUUUAAAAUGACACGUUUGAAAGAGCGAAUAAAUAUUUGCCCCACAAAAAAACCAGAGGAUGAGUUUUUAUUCGUCACUUUAUUAGAGCUUAUCACGUAAACAACAAAUAAGACCAGAAGUGUUGUGGCUGAGUGGACGUGCCCAUUUUAUGAGACCUCCGUCUUCAGAGUCCGCUGACUGCAUGGUACCUUACAGAAGAACGCUGGCAGCUGGAGGCGAGUGCUUUAUAAUUUCACUUUUCCUGCCCUUACCAAGUCACUUUUGCAACUCUACAACACGCUGUACAGAGCCCGGCUAAAGCAGGGAGGCUGCACGACACAAAGAGCGACAAAGACUAGAAUAAAAGUACUGAGCUGGAAAGUCAAUCGUAUGAAAAUCGGACAGAGGACACAAAAACACAACAGCUGAGAAUAUCCAAGGUUAACAAAAAAAA